AUGAAUGAACAUAUCAAAAGUUUUAAAAAUGAUAAUGUUCAUUAUACCAAGAAAAAUGUUAUAAGAAAUUAUGAUGAUCAUAAUAAUAUUAAAGCAAACUCACAUUUAAAAUUGCAGUCAAAAGAAUAUACUACACAUAAUGAUGAAAAACAAAGAUGGAUCACUUCAAAUAAUACUAAUAAUAAUAUACAAACUCAUGCAAAUGUAAAAUGUGAUGAUAAAUCAGUAGAAAAUAAAACAACAACCCUGAUAAAUAAAGAUAUUAAUGAAAUCACAAAUAUUUCAAAACAGGAUAAAAAUUACACAAAAUAUAAUUGUCUGAAUUUUAAUAAAAGUGAUGUAAUGAGGGAUUAUGUGAGAUAUAGUAAAAAGGAAGAUUCUUCAAGUAAUAACAUGAACGGUAAUAAUAAUAUGAACGGUAAUAAUAACAUGAACGGUAAUAAUAACAUGAACGGUAAUAAUAACAUGAACGGUAAUAAUAACAUGAACGGUAAUAAUAACAUGAACGGUAAUAAUAACAUGAACGAUAAUAAUAACAUGAACGGCAAUAAUAUUAUGAACGGCAAUAAUAUUAUGAACGGCAAUAAUAAUAUAAACAGAAAUAAUAUUAUGAACGGCAAUAAUAUUAUGAACGGCAAUAAUAAUAUAAACAGAAAUAAUAUUAUGAACAGAAAUAAUAUUACGAACAAUCAUAUAAUUCACCAUAUUUCGAAUAAAACUUCCUUGAUUGAAAACAACAAGAAAAAAGAAGAAAACAUAUUUCCCUCAGCUAAUUUAUAUAAAAAAGAAAUGAAUGUAAAAGGAUCUAGUGACACUUUUGAUUUAUUAUAUAAGAGGAAGAUAGACAAGGAUGAUAAUUUAAGUAAAAAAAAAAAGAGGCCGAAUUAUUUAUUUAAUAAAGAUGGUGAACAUUUUGUGAAUAAAGAAAAUGUUCAAAAUAAUAUAAUUGAUGAUGAUGAUGAUGAUGAUGAUGACAAUCACCAUGAUAAUGUUGUUGUUGUAUAUGAUAAGGUAAAAGAGAAUGAAAUGAAUGAAAAUAAAAAUAAGAAAAGUGUAAAGGAAGAUGGAUUACACAAUGUUCUGGUUGAACUAAGAAAUAAGGAUAAUUUAGUAGUAAAUGAUAAUAUAAUUAAUAAAUCAUUUGAAAAAAAUAAUAUUUUGUAUAUUAAAACGUCAGACAGUUUAAAUGAAAAUUAUAAUGAGAGAAAAAUAUACAAAGAAAUAAAUAAGGAAGAAUAUAGUAAUAAAAAUGAAUAUGUUCAUUUUAAAAAUAAUGAUGAUAGUUCAAUAAAAAAAAAAAACAAUUCAUCAGAAUGUUUAGAUGAACAGAAAAAAAAAACGUAUAAGUAUACUAUAAUAGAACAAAAAAGAUAUAAUUUUAAUGAUAGAGAUAAUAAUAAUGCAUAUAUUAAAGAUGAUACACAUAAGAAGGAAAAAGGAUAUUAUCUUAAUAUGAUUGUACAAAGUGAGGAAUAUAAGAAAUAUGGAAGUAAUAAUAAAAUGGACGAGAUGGAAAUUUAUAAUCAACAUACAAAUGAUUUUAAUAUAAAUGAAAAUUUAAACAACAAAAUAUAUUUUGAUGAUUAUGAAGGAUAUGACCAAGAAAAAAAAAAAAAAAAAUUAGAUGACCAUAUAUACACUCAACAGAAGGAAUAUAAAAAUAAUAUCAAUGAUAUAUUAAAAGAUCAUCAUCUAAAUGAUAAGGAAACGAAAGAAAAAAAAAAUGAAAUAGAAAUAGAAGAAGAAAAAAAAAAUAAAAUAGAAAUAGAAGAAGAAAAAAAAAAUAAAAUAGAAAUAGAAGAAGAAAAAAAAAAUAAAAUAGAAAUAGAAGAAGAAAAAAAAAAAAAAAUAGAAAUAGAAGAAGAAAAAAAAAAAAAAAUAGAAAUGGAAGAAGAAAAAAAUAAAAUAGAUGAUGAAAAAAAAAAUACCUAUGCAAAUGAUAAAAUCAUAUCACAUAUUGAUAAUGUUAAUUGUAAUAUUAAGAUAGAUGCAUUAUUAGAUCAUAUAGAAGAGAAGAAAAAAACAGGACACAAAGAAAUAAAUCUUUAUAAAGAAAUUAAAAAUGAAUAUCAAAAAAUGUUAAAUGAUGAAAAUUCAAUUAUGUUAGAACAUGAAAAGAAAUAUAAUACACAUCAAGUGAAUAACAAUUUGUGUGAUACUAAGGAUAUGUUACAGAAAGAAAAUAAAAUAUUAACGAAUAAUGAUAAAAAGAAAACAUUUUUAUUAUCCAAAUCUAAAAAUAUUACAUCAAAUGUUUUAUCAUCUAAAAUACCAGGUACUUUGUCAACUAAAAAACUGAAUGCAACUAUAAAAACAAUAAAAAAGGAUGUUACAGAUAAUGAGAAAAAAAAAUAUGUGCAUGAUCAUAGAAAAGACAAUAUCAUAAAGAGGAAUAAGGAAUUCAUUAAUAUUUAUAAGGGAAAGAGAAAUUAUGCAAACGUGGAAAUUGGCUCUGAAGUAUGUAAUAAUAAGGUAAAUGUUAAAGGUGAUGAUAAUAAAAUGAUGGUUGAAAAUAAGCAGGGUGAUGAUAACAAUAUGAUGGUUGAAAAUAAGCAGGGUGAUGAAAAUAAUGUGAUAGUUAAGAAUAUCGAACGUUCUGAGAGCUCCUUUAUGUUUACUCAUCAUAGGAAAAAUAUAACAAGUACUAGUACAGAUACGUGUGCAAAAAAUAAAGAACAAAUCAAAUAUCCACAUUUAUAUUCCAACAAGAAUGAAGAUAAGGAUAAAAAAAGUAUAUUUUUGAAAAAUAUUAACGAGAACAUAAAAAAAAAUUAUAAGGACAAAGAAAAAAUAAGCACAUUAGAAAAAAAGGUAUUUGUAAAAAAAGAUAAUGUUAUAACAAAUAAUGAUGAUGAAAAGCACACAAGUUCUAAAAUAAAUGAUGAUUUCAAUAUUACAAUAGAUAAACAAAAAGGAAAAUUAAAUAAUAAUCCUGUUGAUUUAAAUAGAAAAAUAAAAAAUGAAACCAAAAUAUUGGAAAAGGACAAGAGUCAUAUGAGCAAAAUACAAAAUAAUUUAAUGAAAAAAAAAACAAACUUUCCAACUAAUAAUAAAGGCAUAAGUAGUACAUCCAUUAGUAGUAGUUCUACGAAAAAUUUCAAAGAUUGUGGAAUUAUAGAAAAAAAUAAAAAUCUUUCAAAUUUAAAAUAUACUUGUAUAAGGAAUAAAAUGAAUGUUGAUAGUAUAAAAUUAAAUGAUAAGGCUGAUUUAUAUAAAGACAAAAAGAAGACAAGUUUUAAUGAUAUAAAUAGGGCAGCAAAAGGAAUGAAUUUUAAAAAAAGAGAUGUUCCGAAUAAAAAUAAUAUGGUGGAUACGAAUAAGGGAAAACGGGUUUUUAAUCCCGUCACGUUAAACAAUAAUUAUCGUAAUAAUUAUAUACGUUCUAAUAAGAAUAAUGUGAAGAAUGGAAAAAUGGUGGGUAUAAAAAAAAUUGUUCUUCUUAAGGAAAAACAAAAAAGUUUACAUCCAGAAGGCGUGGAAGCAGACAAAAAAUUGAAUUCAAAUUAUAAUGACAAAUAUUUAAUUGAGAAGGAUGGGUUCAAAGAUAUUAUUAAUGAGGAAAUGGAAAAAUAUAAGAAUAAUAAAAUGAAGUAUAAAAUUAAAAGUAAUUCAAUACCACCAAUAAUUAAAAAAAUUGAAAGGAAAAGCAAUGAUAAUGAUAAUGAUAAUAUUAAAAAUAAUGAUAAUAUUAACAGUAAUAAUAACAUUAAUAGUAAUAAUGAUAAAUGCCUAUUUUUAAGUAAGGAAAAAGAUAGAGUUCAUUUAAAAAAUAAUAAUAUAAUUGUUAAUAACACCAUGAUGUUUAGAAAGCAAAGUAAUAGUUGUGAUAAUAAUACAACAUCGUUGAAAAAUAAAAUGAUAAUAAAUAGUAAUUCGGAAAAGGCUAAUUCUAGUAAUUCACAAAAUAAUGAAAAAAAAGAAAUGUCGUAUUUUGAAUGGCUAGCUAACGAAAAAAAAAAGAAGGAGAUAAUAGAAAAAAAAGAUGAAGAAAAAAAAAAAGGAGAAAUAGAAAAAAGUGAACAUGCAAAUGAUUCUAAAAAGAUGGAUGAACAAUUGGAUGAUGCGAAACCUACCAUGCUACAACCUUUAUCAUCUUUCAACUUAAGACAAAACGAAAGAAAAUAUGAACAGAGCGAUUUUAUUGUAGAUAAAUAUCCAAUAGGUAAUGGGAGAACAGGAUUAGUAUUUAAAGCAAUAAUAAAAAAGGAAGAGAACAAAAAGGUCGCUCUGAAGGUAAUGGCAAAAGACACAAUUAUGUCACUAAAUAUUGAACGACAAGUAUUGAAGGAAAUUAUUAUACAAGCUAGCUUAAAACAUAUAAAUAUAUUAGAACUUAUAGCAUAUUUUGAAGAUAAAACAAGACUUUUUUUAAUUCUAGAAUUAGCUAAUGGAGGAUCAGUACGAAAUAAAAUGAAACAAAAAAAACAACCUUUAAAUGAAGAAGAAGUUGCAUUAUAUGUUUUUCAAAUAGCUGACGCAUUAUCUUAUCUGCAUAAUUUUAAUAUAAUUCAUAGAGAUCUGAAACCUGACAAUAUUUUAAUUCAUUAUUCUAAUGAACAUUUAAAUAAUAAAAUUUAUAAAUAUGGAGUAAUCAAACUAGCCGACUUUGGAUUUUCUUGUCAGCUCAAAAAUAAAAGACAAAAAAGGAGUACAUUCUGUGGCACAAUCGAUUAUAUGCCCCCUGAAAUUAUUAACCAAAUACCUUAUGAUUGUAAUGUGGAUCUGUGGUGUUUGGGUAUAGUUAUAUUUGAGUUGUUAGUUGGAUUUCCUCCAUUUACCGACGAUACACAGGAGAGGAUAUUUGAUCAAAUAAAGGAAUUAAAUUUUCAUUUUCCUAAGUCUGUAUCAUUGUUAGCUCAGGAGUUAAUAUUAAAACUGUGCAGUAGAACUGCUGAAGAAAGAAUUUCGGCAGAUGAAGUAAAAUCUCACCCAUGGAUAAAACAAUUCAUAUAA